CUCUUCAUCCCCAAAACCCCUCACUCCCUCCCAUCGCUGCCCGCCCCCCUCAUCCAUCCCCGGCCAUGGCCACCGCUACGCUCCCUCUCCGCAUCCUCCCCUCCAGAACCCUAACUCUCCACGCCGCCUCCUUCCUCCCGGGGAGGAACACUGUUUCCGUAUCCGCGUCCGCCCCCCGCCAGUGGCGCAUCCUCGCCUCCGCCGAGGAGCCGCCCGCUCCGGCUGAAGUGGAGGCGGAGGUGGUGGAGGAGACUGAACAGGAGGUGGUGGAGGAUGUCGCGGUUCCGGAGCCUGUUGAGGUGCAGCUAGCCGCUGCGGGCGCCGGGAAGGACGCCGACAUCUUCGCUGUUGUCAUGAUUGGAUCAAGACAAUACAUUGUGAUGCCGGGUCGGUAUAUAUACACGCAGAGGCUGAAAGACGCCAAUGUCAAUGAUCAGAUCAUAUUAAACAAGGUACUUCUAGUAUCAACUAGAGACAAAGCUUACAUUGGCAUGCCAGUGGUGACCAAUGCUGCUGUUCAUGCAGUGGUUGAGGAACAGGGACUGGAUGAUAAAGUGAUUAUCUUCAAGUUCAAGAAGAAGAAGAAAUACCAGAGGAAAGCUGGUCACAGACAGCCAAAUACAAGGUUAAGAAUUACCGGCAUAAGUGGAUAUGAGGAAUAUCCUGCUGACCCAAUACUUCCUGUUCCAGCUUAAGUGUAACUGUAACUUUGUAAGUUCUUCAGUUACAAACGGCUGGUAGUACAUUAGAAUGCAAGAGUUUUUUUUACCAGAAAAAUCACUUUUUAAUGUAUUCCAAAUGCUGCCAGUCAUCAGUGGUUCCAUCCCUUGUUUAUUCCACCAGCUCUCUUGUUCAUUUUAAGUUUCUGUAUGCUAGCCAAUUGUAUUAUCUUGAUUGUGCCUGAAGACAGGGGAAAGCAUUUUGCUACAACGUGGACAUGCUUGGUAUUGUGCACUUCU